GGAGAAUGCCAUUAGUUUAAUUCCGAAUAAGGUGUGUUCAGAAUAAAGAUGUUAUACAAGGUCCAGAUUUUUGAAAGACUUUUGCAUUAGCCAGCCUGCCUUGAUCCAGACCAGCCUGAAAGGGCACAAAUUAGCCACCAGCUUACAACCAGUGGUGCAGUAAUAUGAAUAUUGGGGUGUUAGAGGGCAAGAAAUCUUUAAAGGAGUGGGGCUGAUCUGGAAGGGGCCGGCUUGCCAGUGUGACACCUCCUGUGACCCAUCAGGACUGGAAAGAGGCAUUAAAGGGCACAAUUCAAUCUGAAUCUUAAGCCACCGCCGGACCAUGUGGACGGCUGAUGAACGAGCCAGCAGUGGAAUGUUUAGCAGGCUGUGACGACUUUGCACAGAAAUCGGAAAAUUUAUCGCCGGCUUGCCACAGCAGUGCCGUACUGCCCGCUUUCGGUUGUUCGCCCCUUCCCUGCACUCCCGCCCGCUCGGCAGCCCAGCCCUCCCGGCCCCCGGCCCUCCUUCCCGGCACCGAAUUUAGGGGCUCGCUGUCACCAAGCCGGAGCCGUCCUUCUUCUGCAGCUCAAGCACGAAAGGGGGGUUUUCGCAGCCGCCGCGCAGUUGCCGGACAAAGAUAUUCCUGUGCCCGAAUACGGCAGUUAUAUCGCUAAAGAGGCAGUAGAUUUGAUCUGGCAAGUCAUUUGGAAAAGGAGGAGUGGAGAAGUGCCCUGUAACCACUGAACAAUAGAAAAUGGUCGGCUGUGGAAUUCUAUUGUGAAGACCUCAGAAGAAAUAUCAGUUUUUCCAGUCAGCUUUUCAUAAUGUAAAUAUAAUCUGAGCUUUCCCAAAUGGGUAGCUAAACAAUGAACAAGAAGAAAACUCCAGUUUGGACUGCAUUUCUGAACCAGGCUUCACCUUCUGUCUCGGGAACUUAUUAAAGGGUUGCAGCUGAAAAAGACAAGAGAAAGAAAACCUUGAACAGGAAGCCUAUCCUACAAUGAGAAUUACAAGUACAUCUUGUAUCUGCCCAGUCCUAGUUUGUCUCUGUUUUGUGCAGAGGUGUUAUGGAGCUGCUCACCAUGGCUCCAUCAAGGUGACUAGAAAUCAAACCAAACACAUAGAAGGUGAAACAGAAGUGCAUCAUCGUCCCAAGCGUGGAUGGGUGUGGAAUCAGUUCUUUGUUUUAGAAGAACACAUGGGACCAGAUCCUCAGUACGUAGGAAAGCUGCAUUCCAAUUCUGACAAAGGUGAUGGAUCAGUCAAAUACAUUCUUACUGGAGAAGGUGCAGGGACUAUAUUUAUUAUUGAUGACACGACUGGAGACAUCCAUUCAACCAAAAGCCUAGAUCGAGAGCAGAAGACACACUACGUGCUUCAUGCACAAGCUAUUGAUAGACGAACAAACAAGCCACUUGAGCCUGAAUCUGAAUUUAUUAUCAAAGUACAGGAUAUCAACGACAAUGCACCAAAAUUUACAGAUGGACCGUACAUUGUUACUGUGCCAGAGAUGUCUGAAAUGGGUACAUCUGUUCUACAGGUAACAGCCACAGAUGCAGAUGACCCCACAUAUGGAAACAGCGCCAGAGUAGUGUACAGUAUUCUUCAGGGACAGCCAUAUUUCUCUGUUGAUCCCAAAACAGGAGUCAUCAGGACUGCCUUGCACAACAUGGACAGGGAAGCCAGAGAGCAUUAUUCUGUUGUCAUUCAAGCCAAAGAUAUGGCUGGGCAGGUCGGAGGGCUGUCAGGGUCAACAACUGUAAAUAUCACGCUCACUGAUGUCAACGACAAUCCACCCAGGUUUCCUCAGAAACAUUAUCAGCUGUAUGUUCCUGAGUCAGCUCAAGUUGGAUCAGCAGUUGGCAAAAUCAAAGCAAAUGAUGCAGACACUGGUUCAAAUGCAGACAUGAAGUACACAAUUAUAAAUGGUGAUGGCUCUGGGGUAUUCUCCAUAUCUACUGACAAAGAAACGAGGGAAGGAAUUCUUUCCCUAAAGAAGCCUCUCAACUAUGAAAAAAAGAAAUCAUAUACUCUUAAUAUAGAAGGAGCAAAUACUCAUGUUGAUUACCGCUUUUCACACUUGGGACCAUUCAAAGAUGUAACAAUGCUGAAGAUCAUUGUUGGCGACGUGGAUGAACCUCCGCUCUUCACCAUGCCUUCCUAUGUCAUGGAAGUUUAUGAAAACGCAAAGAUUGGGACUCCUGUUGGCACAGUAAUGGCACAAGAUCCCGAUGCUGCAAACAGUCUAGUGAGGUAUAGUAAAUCCAAGUUACAUGAGACCAAAUUUCACAAUCUAAAGGUUUAA